UCAUCUGCUUGUGCAAGCACAGCUCCAUUCUCCCGCCGCCCUGAGAGGAGGAAGGAGCAGCCCCUGCUGCCGAGGUGCUUCCAGCUCUCUGCAAGCGUGCAGGAGACAGCGUUCCCAAGGCCGGCUUGCUGCAGCUGAGGAGACAGCACUCAUAGACCCCCCCCCUUUGAUUAGGAUGUGUCAGUGUUGUCAGGGCAACUGUUAACAGCGGCGUAUCAUAUUUUCUCCUCUUGUGUUGCGUGCUGAAUAUUUUAGCACGCUGGUUGCAGGGAAGAAGGUGCUGCAGCAAAGAACCUGGAGCAGUGGGCUAGGAUCUGAUUGAACAAGUUAAAACAGAGAAGAGCAGCAUCCAAACCAAUGUGCCUUUAAUUAGGGCUUUCCUUCAAGGUGGGGAAAGACUGCAAGCCUUUUGGUGCCGACUGGAUGUUGGUAUUUGUCGGCUGUUUGCAUACUGCUUAUCCAUAGGGGAUCUGUUACAAGUGCUGAAAUGAACAGACAGCGUUGCAGCUAGUAGCUAAGCAGGGGCUGGAGUUUCUUACUUUUUUUUUUUAAUAAGCAAGAGGCAACAGCAGCAUGCCUGGUUCAACUGCUGCCCUCCGACAAGAGAGGCUGAAGAAAAGUGCCAGGCCAAAUCCCCCGGGCUUAUUCACCAUUGAUGAAGAAGAUGAGCAGCAAAAGAACGGGAAUUCCAAAAGACUGAAAGCAGCUGAAGGUUCUGAAACACAAGACAAGAAAAUCACUUCAGGACAAAGCAACACUGGAAGUAAACCAGAUCAUCCAACAGUACUAAAGGUUGAUGACAGGCAACGGCUUGCCAGAGAACGGAGAGAAGAACGAGAAAAACAGCUAGCUGCAAGAGAAUCCAUCUGGUUAGAAAGAGAAGAGAGAGCCCGGCAACAUUAUGAAAAACAUCUAGAGGAACGCAGAAAGAAGCUGGAAGAGCAGAGACUGAAGGAAGAGAGAAGGCGAGCUGCCGUAGAGGAAAAGCGAAGGCAGAGAAUAGAAGAAGAUAAGGAACGACAUGAAGCUGUUGUACGUCGCACAAUGGAGAGAAGCCAGAAGCCAAAACAAAAGCAAAACAGAUGGUCCUGGGGAGGAGCACUACAUAACCGCAUUAAUAACCCAGAUCGAGACAGGCGGUCUGUUUCAACAAUGAACCUUUCGAAACAUGUUGAUCCAGUCAUUAACAAGCGGCUCUCCUCCUCAUCUGCAACAUUACUAAAUUCUCCAGACAGAGCUCGCCGUCUUCAGCUCAGUCCAUGGGAGAGCAGCAUUGUUAGCAGGCUCCUGACGCCCACUCACUCAUUCCUGGCCCGAAGUAAAAGCACAGCUGCAUUGUCUGGAGAUGCAGUUAUCCCCGUUUGUCCCCGUUCAGCAUCUUGCAGCCCCAUCAGUCCUCUGUCCUACAAGGCCAUGAACUGUAGGAAUUCAGGAGACCGAGCAAAGCUUUACGCUUCUACUGAUGCCGUUGGACGUAGGAGAACAACAACGCACCUUGCAGGGACUGACAAAAAAGAAAAGGAGAGAGACUAUUUGUCAUCCAGCUUCUCAGCCAACUUUAAAGGAGGUCAUUUUACUUCCAACCCCAAAGCUAGAUCACCAGCUCCCUCUCCAGUUUGGCGUGCGUCAAAAUCUUUGCCUUUUUUGCCUGGCACACCCAAGCAGAUUACUUCCCCACCUGGUUCCUCCAAAAUUUCCUCUGCUCAGACACGUCCUCCUUCUCCUGGCAACAUCCGGCCAGUCAAAAAAGAGGUCAAGCCAGAGGGUGAGAAGAAAAGACCAGAAAAAGAGGCUGGAAAGGCCAAUGAGGAAAGGACAGAAGAAAGUAAAGGAACUUCAGGAGGUGCUGGAGAAUCUUCAAGUCAGGAACAGCUCACUGUCCAGGCAGAGCCCACUCAAGCCAGCCUGUCCCUACCUCCUGCUCCACCAGCUCUUGCUCCACCCCCAGCACCCCCCAAGACCUCUGCAGGUACAACUGACCCUGAAGAAGCAACCAGGCUGCUGACUGAGAAGAGGCGCCUUGCCCGUGAGCAGCGGGAACGAGAGGAGCAAGAAAGGAGAGAGAGAGAAGAGCUUGAAAGACAAAAGAAGGAGGAGCUGUCACAGAGGAUAGCUGAAGAAAGAGCUCGCCGAGAAGAGGAAGAAGCUCGCAGACAAGAAGCAGAAAAAAAAAGGAAGGAUGCAGAGGAGGAGCGGGAAAGGGAAGAACGGCUGCGCCGCCAGGCAGAAGAGAGAGAACAGAAGGAGAAAGAAGAGAUGGAGCGCAUUCAGAAACAAAAAGAAGAGGAAGCUCGCCUACGGGAAGAGGCAGAGCGGAUUCGAUUAGAACGUGAAAAGCAUUUCCAAAGAGAAGAGCAAGAGCGCUUGGAAAGGAAGAAGAGGCUUGAAGAGAUCAUGAAGAGAACUAGGCGUGUAGAAGCUGUAGAUAAGAAACCCAAUGACCAGCAAAAUGGACAUAUAUCAAAGACAAAUAUUACUGGAGAAGCAGGUAUUGUGCUUAACUCUGCCUUGAGCACAACAGCCAGUCCUGCAUCUCCCUUGGAACCUGCAGCAGGACCUCAGCUUCCGCAUGCAACAGAAUCUCCGCACAACGGGACACCCAGCACCUGCACACAUGUGAUUGUUUCACACCAACCCCCCGUAAAUGUGGACAGCAAUCUCAAUCCAGAGAAAAACACAAAUGACAAUGGAAUGUCUAUGCAGAAUGAUAACUUUGAAGAGAUCAUAAACCUGCCUAUUGGUUCUAAACCAUCCCGGCUGGAUGCCAUGAACAAUGAUGGAAGCAAUAGUCCCGAAAUUCCUUUGAAUCCAAUUCUAGCCUUUGAAGAUAAGGGGACUCUUUUGCCUCAGGUAGAUAGUGUUCAAACACAUCAAACAGCAGAAGUGAUCUGAUUGUUUCUUCUGAAGAACCAAAGGUGAUAUGAGCGUCUCUGCAGUCAGUGGAGUUUUUUCCAUGCUAUGAAGGAGUGUUUUAUUUUUUCUCUCCAGUUUUUUAAAGAUUUCUUGAAUAUCUUUUUUGGAAGGACUUUAGUAAAACCAGCAGAAGAAAUGAGGGGAAUAGACUUGGAUCACCUUUCUAAUAGCUUUCAUCACUAGAAAAAUCAUGCUUCACGUGCGUUACUUAAUAUGGCUAUUUCCAACGAGCUUUUUUUGUUAGUAAAUGGAUAUUUCUGCAUUCCUUAAGACACCAGACACUGGAAUCUGAAAGUAAUGGGCUGAUUUGGGUGGUGGGACUGAUUCUUUUUUGCUUUUUUAAAAAAGGUGAGUGUUGGUUUAAAAGGCAUAAUUAUAAAAUUGGCAAAGAAUCUUUUACACUUUGUGGUUCUAAUACUUGAAAAAUAAAUGCCUCGUUGCUCUACAAGUAGAGCUAAUGGGGUGUUUUAUUUAAACCUGUUGGUUUAAAUGUUAUUGCAGAGAACUCUAAUUAUGGAGGCAAACUGUAGGCUUCUGUAUCAGGUUCUUUUAAAUGAAAUCCCUACAGGGACAUUCUGUAAAUUGAGACGUCACUAUGAUCUUCUCGCAUUUUCUCUAAAAACACAAAACAAGACAGAUUUUAAAAUGUGAAAAUUUGAAAGCGUUAUUUUUUCAUGGACAAGAGGAAAACCUAUUGUUCUUCUAGAUUAUGUAUUUAUGAAUUUUGCUCAGUACAGAAAUAAAUCAUUUAAUUGAAUAAAUUAGACAAAUGUGGUAAAAAGAUACUGCAAACUUGAUUUUUUUUUUUGGUUACGUCCAUGUUCACAAACCUAUAAAAGAUGUGUAUGCAUAUGCACACAAACGUGUGCAGACACACACAAGGAAAUACCUUAUUCUGAGUCCUGUAAGUUGCUGCUGUUCCCAAUGAUGGAAGACUUUUCCUUUGCCUUAUCAAACUACUGAAGACUGUGUGAAACCUGAAAUAUUUGAUUUUGGAUGAUGCAGGUUUGGGAUUUCUCGGUUUUGCUCGUUUCAGAGCAAAUGGAAAAUGGUCAUUGUGCUUUUUAUGCAGUGUGUGGUUUUUAUAAAGCAGUGCAGUUUGAGUGAUAAGAGGAGCAAUGCAAGUUGCUUUCUCUUUAGUUUGAUGCUGAUUUCUGCUGUCAUUGUUCCAUCCCUCACUUUCGGUUGUGUUGUGCAGAACUGUAAAAUUUUGCACGUUUUUGUGCUUUCCUAAACAAUGCUGUUGCAGGCAGAGCUCAGUCUAGGCAUUCGAGUUUGAAGCAUCAAGGAGGGCUUGAGGCAUUGCUCUCUGAAGUCAGUGAGAAGAUCCUUGGCAAGGGAAAUGGAGGUUCACGGGGUUUCAGCUCAUGCUAAGAGAGAAUGUAUCAUUAAGAUUCCUGUACUUGCCUUUAGUGAGCACUGAGCGAGGCCUCUAGGAAGCUGUGCAGAAAGUCUGUGCUAGCAGAAGAAAUCCUCUGAGACAAAAGCUGAAGAAUUUUUGAAGAAACUUCUGCUGCUGCCAAGUGUUCAUCUUAUAGAGGAGAUGGGAUAAAAGCAAUGGAAAUAAAAUGAAAGAGACUUCAUCUGCCAGAAUCUAUAUGGAAGGGAAAAAAACAGCCAUUCAGUCAGAAUGCUUUCAAUAGUAACUUGUGACACAGUAAAAUGAAUUGGGUUCCUUUCUUGCUUUCUUUAGUUUUCCAUGUACAUAGCCACAAUAUUUUGAAGUGUCCAAAAUAUGUAGUUUUUCUUUAAAACUAUAUAUAGCAUGUAAGUACCAAAUAAAACUUGUUUGAAAUAUUUA